AUGAAUUUUGGAUUCUCCGCGCUCGUCAAACGGUUAAAUCAAUACACGGGUGCGCGCGAGAGGAUUGAUAAGUCGCAUGAACUCAUGGGAAAUCUGCUCGAUAUGCGCGGUCAGAAGAGUGCUCGUACAUUCCUGCAUUGCGGAGUGGAUUAUGCCAGACUCAUUCUCGUUCGUCUCUCCGCGGGACGAGGAUAUAAAGCCCGAAAAGCGAACAUUGCGCUAUUUAUAUGUAUGACUGUCCGAGCUAUUCAUUUAGAACUCGUCAGCGAUUAUUCUACAGAUGCGUUCUUAGCCGCAUAUAGUCGAUUCUGCGAUCGCCGAGACAUUCCGUCAUGCCUAUAUUCAGAUAAUGCGAAAAACUUUCGAGGAGUCGAUCAGGAACUUCGGAGCAUGUGGAAGGCCACUCAAUCCGAUCCUUGCGUACUUAACAAGUUAGCUUUCGAAUCGAUACAAUGGAAGUUUAUUCCCCCGUCAGCUCCUCAUUUCGAAGGACUAUGGGAAGCUGGAGUGCGUAGCGUCAAAUUUCACUUAAAACGGAUUGUAAGAAAUUACACUCUUACUUUCGAAGAAAUGACCACGUUGCUUUGCAAAAUAGAAGCCUGCUUAAAUUCGCGUCCUCUUGCUCUGUUUUCGGGCGAUUAUGAAGACUAUUCUGCUUUAAUGCCUGCUCAUUUUCUGAUCGGCAUCGUCUCCGAUGUUUCUUGA